AUGGGUUCCGUCGUACUCCCCCAUCUUCGAACCGCAUGGCACGUAGAUCAAGCAAUCCUCAGUGAGGAUGAGAGGCUUGUGGUCAUCAGGUUUGGCCGUGAUCAUGACGUGGAUUGCAUGCGUCAAGACGAAGUUCUAUACAAGAUAGCGCAGAAGGUGAAGAACUUCGCAGUCAUCUACCUAUGCGAUAUCGACGAGGUCCCCGAGUUCAAUACGAUGUACGAACUUUACGACCCGAUGACAAUCAUGUUCUUCUACCGCAACAAACACAUGAUGUGCGAUUUCGGGACUGGUAACAACAACAAGCUCAAUUGGGUGCUUGAAGAUAAGCAGGAGUUGAUCGACAUCAUCGAAACUAUCUACAAAGGAGCGAAGAAAGGCCGGGGUCUCGUCGUCAGUCCAAAGGAUUACUCUACCAGAUACAGGUACUGA